CGAAAUUUUGCAGUGACAGUUACCCAAUCCCCUCUCGCCACAUUAACCGGCAACGUGCGAAACGCGUUUGUUGCCGUAGUUGCUAUUUAACUCGUUUCGUGGACUUUUAACUGUUUUUCACCAGGUGCUGAUACUUCCUUAAAAUUUUUAAAAGUAAAUAUCAAAAUGUUGAGUUUUUGGAUAUUACUUGCACUAGCAAAUAUGUAUCAAAAUGUUCAAGGUUUAGCUGUUAUGUCUGUAGAUCUGGGAAGUGAGUGGAUGAAAGUUGCUAUAGUUUCUCCUGGUGUACCAAUGGAAAUAGCUUUAAACAGAGAAUCACAGAGAAAAACUCCUGUUGCUGUUUCAUUUCGUGAUGGAGAACGGGUUUUUGGUGAUCCUGCUUUGACAAUUGGUGUACGUUUUCCUGACAAGGCUUACACAUACCUAAUGGAUAUCAUUGGAAAGAAAAUAGAUAACCCUCUAGUUGAGCUGUACAAGAAGCGAUUUCCAUAUUAUAAAAUUAAAACAUCUGAUGAUCAGAAAUCUGUUGUAUUUCAACAUCCAGAAGGCAUGGAAUUUACUGUUGAAGAAUUAGUUGCUAUGUUACUUAAACAAGCACAAGAUAUUGCUGAACAUGCUGCAGGUCAGCCAAUUAAAGAUGUUGUCAUUACUGUUCCACCUUUUUUUAAUCAAGCAGAACGCAGAGCCAUGUUGCAAGCUGCCAGAUUAUCUGGUUUAAAUGUGCUUCAGUUGAUCAAUAGUAAUACUGCUGUUGCCUUAAAUUAUGGUGUUUUCAGAAGACGUGAUUUCAAUGAAACUCCAACGAACAUUUUGUUUUAUGAUAUGGGUGCUGGUAGUACAGUUGCCAGUGUAGUAACAUAUCAGCUUAUGAAAUCUAAAGAAACAGGAGAGAUUAGUCCACAGUUAACAGUUAAAGGUGUUGGUUUUGAUCACACUCUUGGAGGACUUGAAAUGCAACUCAGAUUGAGGGACCAUUUUGCCAAAGCUUUUAAUAAAGCCAAGAAAACAGAUUCAGAUGUUUUUGAAAAUAGCAGAGCUAUGGCAAAACUUUUCAAAGAAGCUGGAAGGGUAAAAAAGGUUCUUAGUGCCAAUACAGAACAUAUAGCCCAGGUUGAAAGUUUAUUAGAUGAUAAAGAUUUCAAGUGUCCUAUUACAAGAGCAGAGUUUGAGGAACUUUGUAGUGACCUCUUUAGCCGUGUCACCCAGCCUGUUGAAGCAGCUUUGAAAUCUGCCAAUUUAGACCUGAAUAUGAUUGAUCAAGUUAUUCUUUCUGGAUCUGGUGCUCGUGUUCCGAAAGUACAGCAGGUACUGUUGGAUUAUAUAAAAAAAGAGGAACUUGGGAAAAGUUUAAAUACAGAUGAAUCUGCAGCACUUGGUGCAGCAUAUCAAGCAGCCCAUUUAAGCAAGGGUUUCAAAGUUAAGACAUUUUUGGUAAAAGAUGCAAAUUUGUAUCCUAUACAAGUAGACUUUCAAAGAGAAUAUGAGUUGGAAGAUAAAACUACUGGCAUCAAAACAGUGAAAAGAAUUUUAUUUAGUAGAAACAAUGGAAUUCCUUUAAAAAAGAUCAUGACCUUUAAUCGUCAUGUUAAAGAUUUUGAAUUCUAUGUUAACUAUGGAGAACUUGGUUUUCUGAAUGAUUUUGAAUUAAAGGCUCUUGGAUCAUUAAACAUAACAAAAGUAUCUUUAAAAGGAGUUGAAUCUGCCAUUAAAAAACAUAUGGAUGAAAAUACAGAAUACAAAGGUGUGAAAGCACACUUUAGGAUGGAUGAAAGUGGAAUUUUAAAUCUUGAUGAGGUGGAAUCUGUUUUUGAGAAAACCGAAGAAGAAUCUCCUGAAUCAAAACUAGAAUCAGCAUUUACAAAACUUGGGAAUACUUUAGGUCGUUUAUUUGGUUCUAAUGAGGACAUAGCGAAGGAAGUAAAGCCCACUGAAACAGAGGAAACUAAAGCGGAAGAAACAAAACAGUUUAAUAAAACAGAGGCAGACAAACUAAAUGAAAAUGCAACUAAAAGUGAAGUACCAAAGAAUGCAAGUGAAGCUAAGAAAGAACCUAAAUUGUUAUUUGUCAAAGAACCUGUAUCUUCCACCUUAAUGUAUCUUGACCUUGUAGCAUUAGACAAUGAUGCUGUCCAAAAAUCUGUAAAAAAGUUGAGAGAUUUAGAUGAACAUGAUCGGCGAAGGUUAGCCAUGGCAAAAGCUAAAAAUUCAUUGGAAUCAUUUAUUGUGGAAACGAGAGAUAAACUGUAUAAUGAGGAGUAUGAGAAAGCAUCAACGGAAGAGGAGCGAUCCAAUAUUCAAAAGAAUUUGAGUGAAACUGGAGAUUGGUUAGAAUAUGAAUCUGAUGAUGCGACAACAGAGGUUUUCAAAAGCAAGUUGGAUAACCUCAGAAAAUUAACGAGAGAUCUGUUUGAACGUGUCAAGGAACACAGAGAAAGACCAGAAGCAUUAAAGGCUUUAAAAGACAUGCUUAAUAUCAGUCAAGUAUUUUUAGCCUCAGCUCGUAAUAUGAGUGAAGAUGACCAAAUAUUUACAGAAGUAGAAUUAAAAACUUUGGAUAAUUUGAUAACCGAUACAAAGAAAUGGAUGGAAGUUAGCAUGGAGGAACAGAAAGCACUGCCUUUAAGUGAAGCUCCAAAACUCACUUUAAAGCUUAUAGGAGAAAAAGUUGCUAAUUUGGACAGAGAAGUUAAGUACUUACUCAACAAAGCACGUUUUGCACAACCCUUAAAAAAGAAAGUUGCUGAUAAAGAAGCUAAAGCAAAUGAAUCUGCUCAAGAUGAUAUGCAGAAAGAAAAUAUUAUGACUGAGAAUGCAACACUUGGAACUGAAAAGCCUGAAACCAAAGAAGAAGCUCAGUCCACUGAUAUUCCUGAAAUGGAUACAGACUCGGGAACUACACCAGGAAGUGAUAAUAUUACACCUGCACCAACAGAAACAUCACCUUCUCCUGACAAAGUCCAAGAUGAUCAACAUAGUGAAUUAUGAAAGUAAUUGUACUUAAUAAAUUCAUGUAAUUUUUGCCAGUGGCACAUAAAAAUGAUAGGGUGAGAAGUAUUUUUAUAGAGUUUUGAUAAAACGAUUUGGAUUCCUACUGGAAUAUUCAUCUUAUCUCAAAACACUGAGGUAAUUCUAUUACCUGCUAUAUAAUGCUAUACAAAUCUGAUUUCUGUUUUUUAUCACUUUAAAAAUUGGUGUGCAUUAUUUGAAUUUCAGGUUUGCUAAAUUCUUAUUGCUUAAAAAAUAGUAAAUGAACGAGAAAGAUGCUUUUUUAAGAACUUAUUUUCAGAACUUAAUUUCUAUAAUUUAUUUUAUGUCAUACUUAAAUGUAGUUGUAUUGUGCAGUAACAUGCUGUCAGUUGUUUGUACCAUAGUGAAAUUGUAAUGAAUUAUUUUCAACACUGCUGAUAAACUACAUUAAGUUUGAUAACAUAAUUUCUCCCUUUGUGGAUUAUAAAUAAUUCUAAUCAGAGCUGAUUAAUUUUUAUUUCGAAUUUUCAAGAUGAGAAAAUGCUAAAUAAAUUUGAGUAAAUUAUUCAUGGAAAUGCUAAAUAAAAUUGAGUUAAUUAGUCAUGGUUUUGAAACAUUCAUGGAAAAGAUAUUUUUGGCGAAUGCUCUUGCAUUAGAUCUGCAUUUUUAAUGAACAGUUAAUGCUCUUAAUAAUGAUUGUUUGUUUAAUUGAUUAUUAUAUUACAGUGACUGGUGGGGGAAAAAAGUUGACAGAAGUAUAUCAAGUCCAUUUUUGCUAUAGCAGUCACUCAUUAUAUCUUUUUUCUUUAUCAAGGAAGGGAUUGAUAUAAUGUCGAUUGGCUGUAGUUUCAUUUUAUAAUUUUUGUCUCUAAGUUUUACAUUUAAUUAUUAAAAAUUAGAGUUGAAUAUAAUCCUUGAUAUUUUAUGUAUUUGAUUUAAUCCUUGAUAUUAUCAACUAUAAAAUUUGGAAGAGGUCCUGUCCAACUUAGCCAGUCAUUUUGGCAGAAGUUUGAAUGGACAGAUAACUAUUUUAUUUAAAUAAGCAACAAAUAAAAGUUAUGCCUGUUUGUGUUAACUACACUAUGUCACAAUUUUUCCCAUUGAAUUACCAUUGUUUAUCCAUUUUCAAAUAAUGCCAUAUCAUGCCCAUUAACGCACAUUUUGUUUUUCAAAUACCUGGAUCUCAUAAUGCUGAAAAUACACUUGCAUGCUGUUUCUUAGAAAGCAAAUAAUAAAUUUUAAUUAUUUUUUCCAAAAUGCAGAUGAAAAACAAAUAGCAGUCAUCUUCUGUCUUUUAAAAAAACUAAACUGUCCUGUCAAGGAUUAACCAGUGUUACUUAAAACCAAAGCUGUUUGGUGGCAGUUUUUAUUUAUUAAAAAUAAUCAAUGGGAAAGUAUAUAAGUAUUCAAUCUUUUUUAAGUGUGCCCAAAGUUGCUUAAUAUUUUUUCAAGUGAAGUGCUUAAUAUUUAUUUUGAUUGUUACCAUAUUAAAAUUUUAUUAGUAAGCAACUAGUGUUUAAUGUCCCAAAUAAGGUUUUGUAUGUUUUUCUGAAAGAAUUGUUGAAAAUAUUAAAUAUGUUACCUGCGGUUCGAGUUUUUGUUCUUUUUAUAAAAUAAUGUACUGUCAUAGGUGUUUCGAAUUCUGUUUACUGGCGUCAAAUCAAGCCAUAAUUUGACUCAGCUGAUCUUCUUAAGGAUAUGAUGCUUUGUUAUGUUAUAUGUACAACUACCACUUGAUCAAUUUCAGUAUUUGUGGAAAAUUUCAAUCAGUUUUAAUUCAUUUGUCAUAUUUAAAAAUGAUUUAAAAUUGUAUGGAGGUUGUCAAUUUUUUUUUAAUAAGGAGGAAAAUUUAGGUGUAAAGGAUAGUGAAUAAACAUUUAAAAAGAAUUAUUAAAGGUGCUAACUUUUAUUAUUCGUAUGUGUCUCAUAAACAAUAACUAGAAAAUGUUUAAUCUAAUUAAUGUUGAUAUUGUAUGAAUAACAUCUGAAAUUUAUAAAAAUCAGGAUUUCUGAAUACUUUUAUGGCCAGUGAUCAUAUAUCUAUAUUAUUUCAUGAAAUUUAGGAUAUAACUGAGAUGAAUGAAUGAAAUUUUAAUUAUACCUGAAGAUUAAUUUAUCUAGUGAUUCCAUUAAACAAAACUCAGGUAUUUAAAACCAGGCUUUAGACUUAAUUUAUAAAGAAAUUCUGAUGUGAAAUUAUUUGUGAAAAUUAAAAAUGUUAAAAAUAUUUUAUUAGAAUAUUUCUGAGCUGAUGUUUUAUUUAAUGAGACAAUAUUUACAUAGUCAGGGAGGUUAAGUCAUGUGUCUGGUGAAAAUAAGUAUUCAUCAAAAUAUUAAGCAUUAUAUCAAUGCUUGUGAUAUUUGGAAAUAUCAUUUUUGUAUUAGCUUUAAGACAGAUUAUAUUAAAUUAUUUAUGUAAAUAAAGUUUUGAAUUGUUUAAAUUUUAUUUACAUACAGAAAAUUUAACAUUGCACCUUAGCAUUUUUACGUGAUAGCAUAAAAUGUUAUUUAUUGUAACUCAUUCCAAAUGUUGCAUUUUAUUUACCAUUAAAAACUCAUGUAAAUAAAAUUCCAAAGAAUUUA